UUAGCGGGUGGGAGGUGCGGCUGGGUAGCUACAGCCGGAGCUGGGCGGUGGCGGGCGCAGCCCGAGCAGUCUCGCCGAGCCCGAGGCGGCGGCGCAAUGGAGGGACUGGAAGAAAAUGGAAGUGUUGUCCAAGUUGGAGAGUUGUUACCUUGCAAGAUUUGUGGAAGAACCUUCUUUCCGGUAGCAUUAAAAAAACAUGGACCCAUUUGCCAGAAAACCGCCACUAAAAAACGGAAGACUUUUGAUUCAAGCAGACAAAGAGCUGAAGGAACUGAUAUUCCAACAGUAAAACCUCUUAAACCAAGGCCAGAACCACCAAAGAAACCAUCUAAUUGGAGAAGAAAACAUGAAGAAUUCAUUGCCACCAUAAGAGCAGCUAAAGGCCUUGAUCAAGCACUUAAAGAGGGUGGCAAACUUCCUCCUCCUCCUCCACCGUCUUAUGAUCCUGAUUAUAUCCAAUGUCCAUAUUGCCAGAGGAGAUUCAAUGAAAAUGCAGCUGAUAGACAUAUAAAUUUCUGUAAGGAACAGGCAGCACGUAUUAGUAAUAAAGGCAAAUUUUCUACUGAUACCAAAGGAAAACCAACUUCUCGGACACAGUAUAAGCCGCCUGCACUUAAAAAGUCAAAUUCUCCUGGAACCACAUCUUCAGGAUCUUCACGGUUACCACAACCGAGUGUCACUAGCAAGACUGUUGUAGGUGUGCCUUCAGGUAAAGUGUCCUCAGUUAGCAGCUCUUUGGGAAACAAACUUCAGACUUUAUCUCCCUCUCAUAAAGGGAUAGCAGCCCCUCAGGCAGGUAAGAUGGACAAGUUAGGCCCUCCACUUCGAACUGGAAGACAUGUGCAAAAGUUGUAUGACAGUGAUACACAAUCAGACAGUGCCAUCAAAAGACAUGAGUUAUUACCCAUUUACAAAACUAACAUCAAAUCUCGAAAUUCCACACCACCCAGUUUGGCAAGGAAUCCUAGUACAUCAAGUGUGCUUACAAGCAAAAGAAAAACAUAUAGUGAGAGCUACAUAGCCAGACCAGAUGGAGACUAUGCAUCUUCACUUAAUGGUGGAAAUAUUAAAAACACUGAAGGAAAUUCAUCUGGACACUUACCAAAGUUCUGCCAUGAGUGUGGGACUAAAUACCCUGUAGAAUGGGCCAAGUUCUGCUGUGAAUGUGGCAUUCGAAGAAUGAUUCUGUGAACAGAAUCCCAAAAGAAAAAGAGCCGAGUUCAGAGUUUUAUGGUUAUUGCUGCUUGGACAGCUAGAGCACUUCCUCUAGUUAUUUUCUGCUAAAAAUAUUCAGAAUACCUUUUUCAGUAAUUUUUGGAGCAUAAUUUUUUGGCUAUGUAAUGUGUGUGUGUAUAUAUAUGUGUACAUAUACUGUAUAUAAUAAAUACCCGAUACCCC